GAGUGCCAAAAUGGCGACCUCCUUAGUGAAAGAGGUGGCAAAGCAAGAGCUACCUCCAAAAGGUGGUUAUCCUGCCAUUGUGUAUGCCAGGAAUAUACCAACCAGAGGCCCUUCUGGUAUAGCAUUGUUCCUUGGCGGAGCAGCCGUGAUGGCGUACGGAUUUUAUCGUGUUAUUAUGGGGAACCGAAAACGAUGUGAACUGAGGAAAGAGCAAAUGGAAGCAAGGAUUGGAUUUCUCCCACUUUUACAAGCAGAACACGACAGAAAUUGUCUACGGCUAUUGAAAGAAAAUGAAGAACUUGAGGCACAGAUCAUGAAAGAUGUUCCUGAUUGGAAAGUUGGUGAGAGUGUGUACCACACAGAAAAAUGGGUCACACCUAUGCCCAUUCAAGUUGAAAAGCUGUAACAUAGGUUUCUUGCAUUUGGAUGUACUUAUAUGUAAGUUUCUUGGUGUGGACUCAAACUUUGGCACACGUGUAUUUUUUUAUAGAUGAAUCUGUGGCAUGUUGUCAAUUACUGUUUUCAGUUCAGGUUUUCAGAGAGACUUAAGUCCAUCAACUUUCUGUUCAGUUUUUUUGUUGGGAGUUGAAAGAGCGUCUUGGGGUAAAAAAACUUAAACUAGUCUUAACAUGCCUUGUGAAAAUUCUCAGACUAUCUGUUGCAAUUAAAUGUAAUUUAUCUCCAACAAUAAACUUCAAAAGUGAGUGAAGGUAUGGCUUUCUUUAUAAUUGCUCUGAAAUUUGCCUGAUCAGAAAUAAACAUUAUUCAUAACCACAAUGUUUUGUUUUGUACAUGAUUGUGAAAAUUGUUUCUAGAGGACCGUGGCCUGGAGUCAAUCUGUUACUCUUAUACUUGACUUAAUGGAAACUUUGGAAGUACCUGAUAUCAUUCUCAUUCAAAGAGACUUAGGUCCUGACAUCGUACUAAGUAAACUGUUCAUUAGGCCAAUGCUUAAUCUAUCAUGUUUUUUUUUAUCAGUUAGAAGUAUGUGAAAAUAUCACAAAGUUUCUAAGACAUUGUGGUAUGGACACACUUUUGCUUUAUGAUGGUGUCUGCUUAUGAUAGCUUCUUCAGAUACCUCAAGUGGGUUGAACUUCCUUCAUUACGACCAACAGUCACUCUCCAAAUUUCAUUUCAGUUUGGAAACAGUGGACAUAGAGUCACCUCAAAUUGGACAUGAGUGAAAACAAUUUUAUUUAGUCACAAAAACAACUGAGUUUGUAAGGUUACUUAAUAUUUUCAAAAAAGGAGGAGAUAUUUACACAAUAAAAAUACAGAGACUCA